GAGCUCCCAUGUUUAAAGUUACGUAUUCAUGUGACGUUGCACCGGGAGAAAUGUUACUUAACCAACUUUUAUCUCUCACAGCAGCGCUGAAAAGUCACCGGAUCUCUGAUAAACGUACAGAGAGUAAACUAUGGCUCUCAGAGGUGCUGUCACUCAUCUGCUCUUAAACAGUCAAAAAUGUGUUGCCAUCACUGCGUCCAGAGCUCAGGGCACAGCUGCUGUAUCGUCCAAAGAUGCUGAAGAAAUCAAACAGCCGGCAAAGUCCUCCAAGGUACUAUUUGACUGGCGGGACACUCUGGAUCUGGAGGGUCAGCUGACAGAAGAGGAGAUCAUGAUCCGUGACUACUGCCAGGAGAAACUCAUGCCCCGCAUCCUCAUGGCCAACAGACAUGAACAUUUCCACCGUGAGACUGUCUCAGAGAUGGGAGAGUUGGGCGUCUUAGGUCCAACUAUUAAAGAGGCCCAGAAGGAGAAGUACUUACCCCGACUUGCUCAUGGAGAAAUCCUGGGCUGCUUUGGCUUGACAGAGCCCAAUCAUGGCAGCAAUCCUGGCAGUAUGGAGACCAAGGCCAAAUACAACCCAUCCAGUAGUACCUUUACCAUCAGCAGAGCCAAGACCUGGAUCACAAACUCCCCCGUAGCAGACAUCGCGGUAGUGUGGGCCAAGUGUGAGGAUGGCAGGGUGCGGGGUUUCAUCUUGGAGCGUAGAAUGAAAGGUUUUUACACCCCCAAGAUCGAGGGCAAGUUCUCUGGCAUGAUCGUAAUGGAUGAGGUGGAAGUUCCUCAGGAGAACCUACUGCCCAACGUGUCUGGUCUAGCUGGUCCUUUUGGCUGUCUGAACAAUGCCCGGUAUGGCAUUGCAUGGGGAGCUCUGGGAGCUGCUGAGUUCUGCUUCCACGCUGCCUGACAGUACACUCUGGACAGAAUACAGUUUGGGGUGCCACUGGCCAGAAACCAGCUGAUGCAGAAGAAAAUGGCCGACAUGCUGACUGAGAUCACCCUUGGGCUGCAGUCAUGUCUGGCACUGGGACGACUUAUUGAUGAGAAGAAAGCAGCACCAGAGAUGAUCUCCCUGCUGAAGAGGAAUAGCUGUGGUAAAUCUUCGGAUAUUGCCAGACAAGCCAGAGACAUGCUGGGAGGAAAUGGCAUCGCAGAUGAGUACCACAUUAUAAAAAACUCAUGACAUUCAUGCCUUAAUCCUGGGCAGAGCCUUCACUGGACUGCAGUCGUUCACCGUAGAAAAGUAAAGUUCUCCACCAUAUUUAGGAAGUUGACUUAAUUUGGAUUUUGACUGUACUACGUGUUCACGGCCACAUUGUGCAACCUUGUAUGUGUAAAAACACGAUUUGAACUCGCAUCGUAAGCUUUGCCUGAUGGGAUCAAUCACAAAUACCUCAUUACUGAUACUACUGAAAGGAACUGAGUAUUACUGCCUCUCUAAGGUCAACUUAAAGCAAUGGGUCCAGCUGUCAUGAUAUUUAUACAUUCAGGUACUGAUCAAGCAGGUGCAUGUGAACUCUUUAAGAGUUGGUUUAUUUUUUGAUAAUGUAAAUAAAUGUCUGUGACUCUGUGUGCCCAAAUUAAAUUAUCGUUUUCAUCUUCUGAAUAAAUGUGUUUCUCUUUUGCUGAAAUACCAAGUAUACAGACAUAAUGGGCCAGGUUGGGUAUUGUUUUAAAAAAUUACAAUACCAGUAUCAUUAAAGUGAGGCUGAUACCAAUGGAGUACUUUAUUUGAUACCUGCCAUACUUUUGAAUGUUUUAGUGACAUCUCAGCAUGAUGAACUGCCAAAGUCCUCCAUACACAACACUCGACUUCACCACAGUAGCUGCUAGUGGACACACAAGACAUUAAAUUUGAAGAACGCUUACGCUUAGAUCUGGCUACAAAAAGUAUCAAAUGGAUGCAUUGCUUCACU